AUGGGGGGCUACAACGACGUUGACCAACUGGCCAUUAAUACAAUCCGUGUACUGGCAGUUGAUGCCACCAGCAAGGCAAACUCUGGCCAUCCCGGUGCCCCCAUGGGUCUAGCACCCACCGCUCAUGUCCUUUUCAAUAAAUUCAUGUCCUUCAAUCCAAAGAAUCCCCAAUGGAUAAACAGGGACCGAUUCGUGCUCUCAAACGGACAUGGCUGCAUGCUUCAAUAUGCCCUACUUCACUUGUUUGGAUAUGCCGUCUCGUUAGAUGACCUGAAGGACUUCCGCAGACUUGAUAGUAUUACCCCCGGUCAUCCAGAAGCCCAUGAUACUCCCGGUGUUGAGGUAACCACUGGCCCUCUAGGCCAGGGGUUCGCAAAUGCCGUUGGGCUUGCUAUCGCCCAAGCUCAUACCGGUGCCGUGUUCAACAAACCCGGAUUUGACCUUAUCAAUAACUACACCUACUGCAUCUUUGGCGAUGGAUGUGCUAUGGAAGGUAUCGCCAGUGAAGCAGCUAGCACCGCUGGCCACCUUCAGUUGGGCAACUUGAUUUGCUUGUAUGAUGACAACCAUAUUUCAAUUGAUGGUGACACCAAAGUGGCAUUCACUGAGGACGUCAUGAAGCGAUUUGAAGCGUACGGAUGGCACACUCUUUGGGUUGAGGAUGGUAACAAUGACCUGGCAGGAAUUGAGGCUGCCAUCCAAAUGGCAAAGGAGGUGAAAGACAAGCCAACCGUCAUCAAAGUCACAACCACCAUUGGUUUUGGCUCAGAGCUUCAGGGAACUGGUGGAGUCCAUGGAAACCCUCUGAAGGCUGAUGACAGCAAGGGAGUCAAGAAGCGCUUCGGGUUUGACCCGGAACAGAGCUUUGUUGUUCCUCAACAAGUGUACGAUCUGUACCAUAAAAAGGCUGCCGAAGGAGCUGCGAAGGAACAAGAGUGGAAUGCACUUCUGCAGCAGUACGCGUCAAAGUACCCUGCUGAACAUGCAGAUUUUACCCGCCGGCUUUCCGGAAAACUUCCCGAAGGUUGGGAGAAGAACCUUCCCAGAUACUCCCCAACCGAUCCUGCAAUCGCGUCACGCAAGUUAUCUGAGACUGUUCUCGAGAAAAUCCAUAGCGCUAUCCCCGAGCUUUUGUCCGGCUCGGCUGACUUGACUGGGUCGAAUAACACCAGAUGGAAGGAUGCUGUUGACUUUCAACCACCAAGCACUGGACUAGGUGACUGGACCGGUCGCUAUCUCCGUUACGGUGUCCGCGAGCACGGAAUGGCUGGUAUCAUGAACGGCAUUUCUGCCUACGGAACCCUCAUCCCGGCUGGCGGCACUUUCCUAAACUUCGUGUCCUAUGCUGCUGGCUCUGUCCGUCUGUCUGCCUUAUCACAGGUUCGGGUACUCUAUAUCGCAACUCAUGACUCGAUCGGUCUGGGUGAAGACGGUCCGACCCAUCAGCCCAUUGAAACCCUCGCCCAUUUCCGCGCUUUGCCAAACAUCAUGGUGUGGCGCCCGGCUGACGGCAACGAGACAAGCGCCGCUUAUUAUUCCGCUUUGACAUCGCGACAUACCCCUUCCAUAUUGGCCCUGACCCGGCAGAACCUGCCGCAGCUCGAAGCCUCCAGCAUCGAAAAGGCCAUUCGCGGUGGAUACGUUACUCUGGAGACCGCAAACGCCAACAUCACCCUCGUCAGCUCAGGCUCAGAAGUUAGCCUCUGCAUUGACGCCGCCAAAUAUCUCAAGGAGAGGCACAACAUUCUCGCUCGCGUUGUCUCCAUCCCAUGCUUCGAGGUCUUUGAUGUCCAGGACAAGGAAUAUAGGCUAUCUGUUAUCCCUGACGGCAUUCCAUCCAUGUCUGUUGAGGUCAUGAGCACACUUGGCUGGGACCGGUAUUCUCAUGAGCAGUUCGGUUUGAACCGCUUCGGUGCCUCUGGCCCUUACAAGGAAGUUUACAAGAAAUUCGAAUUCACCCCUGAGGGGAUCAGCAAGCGUGCUGUCGCUACCAUCGAGUUCUACAAGGGCUCUCCGGUCCUCUCACCCAUCAGCCGUGCUUUCCCGCAAAUCAUCUAA